UAAAAGCAAACUUGAUUCCAUGGGUCCGAAAAUGCAAUUACGAACACUUUUGAUACUUGUUACGAAACUGAACUCUCUGCUUCGCAUUGAAUGUAAUGCAAUAGGAACUCUGUAAAGUCCAUGAACCCUAAUUAUUCCUCCCUCCAAAUUUCUUAAUUUCUUCAUAUAUGGCUUCUUCCUGCAAAUUCUUCUCCAGGGCAACGACUUUUUCCUCCUCUUCUUUUAAAUCCUCAGCUAAAUCCAAACCUAAGCCAUUAUCACCAUCAAUCCUUGAUUCUUCAUCACCACUUAGAGUCUCUUUAUCAAGCAGGCUUCCUUCGACUUCUUCUUGCGGCCAUUUCUCGAUCUCAAGGGCCGCCUUUUGUUCAAAACAGAAAAGAUAUUUGAUUGUUCAAAAGUCACUAAACAGUUCCUGUGCUUCUACGGGAAUUCAUAAUUCACGUGAACCACAAGAAGUCAGUCUGACUAUCAAAGGAGAAAGAGAUGAUAAAUUCCUCAUUGAUUGCGGUCCAGACAAUGAAUGUGUUCUCGGAGGCAUUGUUGCUCUGGGGAAGUUUGACGCCCUUCACAUUGGUCAUCGAGAGCUUGCAAUACAAGCAUCAAAGGCAGGAUUCCCUUUCCUUUUAUCAUUUGUGGGAAUGGCAGAAGUGCUUGGCUGGGAGCAAAGAGCUCCUAUUGUUCCUAAAUGUGAUCGGAAUCGGGUUCUCUCACUUUGGGUCCCUUUAUGUGGCAAUAUGAUCCCACUUGAGUGCCGUGUUGAAUUCUCUACUGUAAGACAUCUCACUCCACGCCAAUUUGUUGAAAGGCUCUCCAAGGAACUUGGCGUGAGUGGGGUUGUGGCAGGUGAGAAUUAUCGGUUUGGUUAUAAGGCUGCUGGUGAUGCAUCUGACUUGGUACGUUUGUGCAAGGAGUAUGGUAUGGAUGCCUAUAUUGUGAAAUCAGUUAUGGAUAAAUCAGACUGCUCCAAUGGAGGAGGCAUCGGCCAUAAUUCUAGAGAGAGAGGGCAGGUAUCUUCUACACGAGUGAGGUAUUGUCUCGCUGCUGGUGAUAUCCAACAUGUUUCUGAGCUCCUUGGACGGAAGCACCGCCUCAUAUUGGCAAUACCCCCAGGAUGUGUAUCCAAAGGAAAUAGAAUAUCAGUAUCCAAAUCAUGUAUGCUAAACCAGCCUCCAAAGGAUGGGUUGUACACACAAUGUGCCAUUUUUGUCAAUGAAUAUGUGGGAUAUGGGGAUGCAAUCAUUGAUUCUAUGCAUAUCCACUUAACGUUGCAUGAUGUUGGCAGCACAGUUUAUAGCACAUUUCAAGGGGGUCAAUUGGUUGGAGUUGAGUUUGGUAGUUCAGGUAAAGAUGUGGAUUAAAAUCUGAUUGAAUGAUGAAAUGGAUAUAGAAGCCAUGGCCUGGGUGGCCAUGGUUGUGCUCUUGCACCUGCAUGCUCUUGUUUCUGAGUUUUGAUGUGAUCUGGUGCAUUGGCCCUGGAUGUGGCAGCUUAACUGAAAUCCAUUCACCAAUUAAGCGUCUUCAUGUGGGAGGCAACUAAUUUGGUCAAACCAUUCAAAGAAUUACCGAAUUGGCUGUGAUUCUUUUUGGGAAAUUUGGGGAAUAAGGGCUGGCCAAGAACACAAUGACAAGGAUGUGCCUUAGCUCAAUCAAGCCUUGGAGCCAGCAAGUGUUGGUAUGUAUUUAAUGGAUACAAAUAUUAUAGACAUAUUUUUUGAAA